AUGGCGGACGACCACAAGCUCAGAGCCCCUCCACCCGCCGCCUUCUAUCCCGGCAAUGUCGCCGCCAACUCCGCCGUUACCGCAGCGGAUCACCCCGACGCAAUGCCUCGGACCGCUGAGGAACAGCCCCCCGCGGCGCACGGCGAUUUUACAAGCAGCCCGCGGCCUGCUGAUCCGUGCAGACUGACGCUCAACUCGCGGCAUCAUCACCCCCAGCUACUUAUUCAGCUCGAUCGCCUCCAACAAGAGAUCGAGGCGCACGGCGGCCAUGCCGUUCUCGAGCUCGUCCCCGCUACGAGUAGUGAGACCCUGUCCAGCGAUAGAGAGCGGGCGACUCAGCAUCGGAUGCUCUUAUCGCCGGAUAGUCCACCUGCUGCUCUUGAUACUUCUCCCGGUGCUACUGCAGCAGCAGCUUCUGCUGGUGCUUGUACUACCCUUUCCGGUAAUAGUCCUAGCACUCUGCUGCCGCCGAAGUCGCCGGCGGGGAUUUGGAGAGGCCAUGGGUUCAGACAGUCCCAGCGACCGCGCCAGCUCGUCAGACCGCCCUCCGUUCCGGCGCGGCUUGACAGCAUGGCGGUUAGAUUCACCGUGGGCCGCGGCGACGGUUAUCCUGCUUCUCAAAGUACCUCCGCCGCGCCGCGGAUGCGGAUCGAGUCGCCCCGAAGCACCCCGCAAGUCACGCCAAUCGUUUCCAGCGAAUCAGAGCCUGAAAUGGAUGAUAGCGCCCUAAACGCCGAGAAAACAGGCAGUGCAGUCGGUCCUCCGAGCCGGCCGUCGCCGCACGCCGUGGCAAUUCACUCCCACGCCGCCAUUUCGGCGCGACGGCACCUCUCCGUACGACCAUUCCGCUCGUCGUCGAACAUCGAUUUGCCCGAGAUGGCUAUUGCAGAUUCGCCUCACAUUAACACAUAUAGCAGGCCGACUUGGAGCUUCAAUACUGUUCAAAUGGACAUGAGCCCUUCAACAACAACUGCCGUUGCUGCUGCUGUUUCGAUGUCCAGUCCUCAUGCUCCGCUGCCCGCGUCGCCAGCAACGCCUCGGAGAUAUGCGCAGCGCGUGCUCGUCCAGACUCGGGAUUUUAAAUCUGUGCGUGGUCCGCGAACUUCGCAGCCGCCGCCGCCUGGUGGCGUCGUUUCGCCUCGCGGAGAGCAAGGUUUUCACGAUAAACCGAGUCCCCGCAGCAGCAACAUUUCGCAUAACCUCAAGAAUUUAAAACAGGGCUACCCAUAUUCUACCGUGACGCACGGUGAAGCAGCGAAAGGAGCGGUGCGUGUCUCUCACAGGAGCGCAAAGUCCGUUGGUGGCGACUACAGCGAUCUAACCUCGAGUACUAAUGGUUUCCUGGGAACGUCAGAAAUUAAGAAACUCGCGGGUGCUGUGGGGCGAAGCGCAUCAGAUGCUGACGACAACACAUACACAACGUACUUUUGCGAAGAAUUUCGCAGCAGAGCAGCUCCCUCUCACGCUUCCGUGGGAAACAUGAAGCUCCUCGUGCAUGCGAACUCCAGCGGCGAAACCUGGGAACGAAGGACUGUUUCGCCUGGCACCAAUGACGGCCCCACAGUUCCAGCUCCUUCCCCACAUCAGCCAAUCAACCACAGCACAUCUGGAAGCAGCUUCGGCCAAAAGGCGGAUUCUGUUGCGUGCUCACCACGUCAGCUACAGCUACGAGAGCGGAUUUUGGGCAUCCGAUACAGUUGCGUGAGGGAUAAGUUCCACAUCAGCAAGGAGAAGAUCGGCGAAGGAGGUAGUGGCGAAAUCAGGAAAUGUCUGGAAUGGAGCACUGGAACAGUGUUUGCUUGCAAGACCAUUCAAAAAUCAAAUAUCAAGACAAAAAGUGAGGUAUCUGAUUUACGCACAGAGGUUCUCCUCAUGGACCUUCUAAAGACGCAUUACGGAAUCGUGCAAGUGCACGACGUGUUUGAGGACCACAAGGCCGUUCAUCUCGUCAUGGAACUCUGCAACGGCGGAGAUCUUUUUGACUUCAUACAGAGCGCCCCCAAGGGUCGUCUCACUGAGCAACAAGCAGCAUCCGUGAUGAGACAGCUGCUGAAUGCUCUCCACCACUGCCACUCCCUCGGUGUGCUUCACCGCGAUGUGAAGCCUGAAAACAUCCUCCUGUGCGACCGGAUGCCCCUUCAAUCAGGCAACGGAGACGUGAGGAUCAAGCUCAGUGACUUUGGAGUGGCAGGAUUCCUCGAUGAGGAUGGCGUAUGCACGGACACCACAGGCACAUCAGAGUACAUGGCUCCAGAGGUGGCCAUGAAAGCACCCUACAAUGCCAAGGCGGACGUCUGGAGCGCUGGUGUCGUGCUGCACGCCAUGCUGGCUGGCGCUCUCCCCUGCUGGGCGGCGCUACCCGACGAGUUCAGCGAGCAAGCUGAAAGAGCGGGCGGCGGUAGCAGCAGGGGGAAGGGGAAGACGAUGCAGGAGGGUAUUGCACGGAAUAAGCUGACUCUGAAGAGCGCGGUGUGGAGGGGUGUGUCGGAGGAGGCUAAGGACCUGCUGAGAGCCUUGCUGAGGAAAGACCCGGAGGAGAGACCCUCGGCUCUAGAGGCUUUGGGUGAGUGCGGUGCUAGUGGGCAUUGGGCAUGGAGUCAGUGUGGUGCUAUUGAGCAUGGGGUGAGUGCGGUUCUAUUGGGCAUUGCGUGGGUGCGGGCAUUGCCUGGGUGCGGUGCUAUAGGGCAUUGUCUGGGUGCUGUGCUGUUGGGCAUUGCGUGGGUGCGGUGCUGUUGGGCAUUGCGUGGGUGCGGUGCUAUUGGGCAUUGCGUGGGUGCGGUGCUAUUGGGCAUUGGCGGUGCUAUAGGGCAUUGCGUGGGUGCGGUGCUAUUGGGCAUUGCGUGGGUGCGGGCAUUGCAUGGGUGCGGUGCUUUUGGGCAUCGCGUGGGUGCGGUGCUAUUGGGCAUCGCGUGGGUGCGGUGCUAUUGGGCAUUGCGUGGGUGCGGUGCUAUAGGGCAUUGCGUGGGUGCGGUGCUAUAG